AUGCUCAUCAUCUGUGCUGUGAUCGGGCUAUAUGCAAGCACCACGCUAGCCUCUCUCCCCAUUUGUUCAAAGUGUCCAGCAGCUGGCCACUGGUCAAGGUGGGAAGACUAUACAAGCUGUACAGGCACGUGUGGUUUAUUCGGAAGAAAAGUUCAAAAGAGGACGUGUCUCACAUGGAAAUGGGGAUGUCCAUGCCAGGGACCAUAUUCUCGAACAAGACCAUGUGCUCCGAAGCCAUGUCCUGAUGACUCGAAUGCCUGUGCUGAGGGAUAUUCACUCUACCCCAACUCCAAACUCAAGGAAGUUCUCUGUGGAAAUGUGACUCUGCCGAGUGACUAUGUGAUGCCAAAGUGUCGAAUCACAAAAGUCCUCGCACAUUGUGCUUUCCCAAAUCUUGGCAUUUGGAGUGGCUGGAAAUCGACGGCACCAUGCACGGCAACCUGUGGACUCAACGGAAUGGUCACUCAGAAUAGAACUUGCUUGUCGGAAAGCAAAGGCCACAAAUGCACCGGCUCCUCAACAAGAACGAUUCAUUGUCCCAAACUCGCCUGUCCAGGAGAUGUGUGUGCAUUGAACACAAAAGCGGUGACGAAUCUUGUGACUGGCAAAAGGGUUUGCGGUGUCGGCCUGCCACAGGAUCCCGUUUUGCAAAUGCCCUUAUGCACGACAACAACCAAAAAGGCUACCACAAAGCCCACAACGAAGACAACGAAGAAGCCGACCACAACGACAACGACAAAGAAAACGACAACGACAAAGAAAACGACGACAUCGACAACAACCACAACUACGACCACAACGACACCAGCGCUACCAUGUGUCACAACUUCGGUACCCACCACAACCUAUGCCGAUUGUGCAGCUGUUGGUGGUGGCUUCAUUGAUGUCGGUGGAUCGUGUUAUCAAGCAAUCUUCAUCAAUGACUCUUACAUUGGUGGAGCUAGAGCCAAAUGUCAGGCAUUGAAUCCCAAUGCUGACUUGGGCACGAUUCGAUGUGAUUCGGAGAAUACAGGAGUUGCCAAUCUUGUACCAGCUGAUUUGAAGACUCAAUGUUCAACGUUUGGAAAUUUCUUCUAUAGUCAAAUGUUAUUGGGGAUUAACAAUGUGACAACGACGAGUGGGAUUGCCUGGUCAAAUGGUGCCAACUCGACUUAUCGAAACUGGGCGCCAGGAGAGCCAAACGGAAACAGUCCAGCAGAAACAGAUGCAGCCAGCAGUGCAACGUUCUACAUUGCGUCCACAGAUCCAGCUGGUGGCACGUAUCCGCUGGGACAAUGGGAAAACAUGCUACCAACUUGGGUGGUUUGUGCGACUCUCUGUGAAGUGAUCACGGCAAAAACCGGAAAUGGUUGUGGCUUCUCACCGUGCCAGAAUGUUUUGAUGGCUUCAGCUUCGGACCAUCCGGAUCUUGGAGAUCAAAAUGAAGAUGAACCUAUGGAGGAUGAAUCGAUGCUGACCAACGACGACGGAGAAGAAGUUGAUGAGCAGGCUGACGAGGAUUUCGGCGAAGAGGCUGAUGCCUCUUCUUCUGCAGCGAAGGGGAGGAAAAAGAAGGGACUCAAAGGAAAGAAAGGCAAGAAAGGAAGGAAGUCGCACGACAACACCGCUCCCGAUCCAGCAACUUCGACUGCCGCUGAAAUUGCUGCGUACUACGGAUACACCGACCCAUCCAUCGACUACACGGAGGAAGAUUUUACAAACAUUACUUCAUUAAAGGCUUGGGUGAAUCUCUAUCGUACCGGAGUAAUGGAGGCAAAUCCGGGCAUCAAUCAAACAAAGCUUCUCCCCUUGAUUAAUGCCAAGUAUCGAGAGUUUCAGGAAGAAGCUCGUGCUUCUGGGAAAGCUAUCAAUGCAAAGAAGACUGGUGUGAAAGCACCACCUACACCCGCUUCUGCAGAAAAAGUGGCUCCAAUCAAAAUUCGCAUUUCGGCUCGCAAAAAGGGUCGACGCGGUGGUGGUGAUGAUGAUGAGGAGGGCGGAGGAAACUCGGAUCAAGAAUUUGAAAAAUUAUUACGACAACACGAUAAGCAACUCGAUGACCAGGACCGAGAAAAGGAGGAGAAGAAACACGCCCGUGCUGUUGCCAAAGUCGCAACCAAGAAAGCUGAAUUGGAAAAGGUCGCUGCUGUCAGAAAGAAGAAACGUGAAGAAGGACAAUUGGAUGAAGAACAUCAAGACUAUUGCGAAGUGUGCCAGCAAGGAGGGGAGAUUUUACUUUGUGAUACGUGCCCAAAGGCAUACCAUUUGGUUUGCGUUGAUCAAGAUAUGGAGACCCCUCCUGAUGGUGUUUGGGCAUGCCCACAUUGCGAGCAACAUGGUCCACCAGCCGAGAAAGAGGAUGAAGCAGGAAGAGCUAAUCUGGAAUAUUGUCGUGUUUGCAAAGAGGGCGGAGGGAUGUUGCUCUGUGAUCAUUGCCCUUCGUCGUACCAUCCAUUCUGCAUGAAUCCUGUACCUGAUGCGCUUCCCGAAGAUGAUGAAGAAUGGGCUUGUCCAAGAUGCCUAACGGAACAACCAAAGCAAAGGCCAGAAAGGAUUCUCUCGUGGCGCUGGGUUGUUGUUCGCUACCCUGACCCAGAGACGGUUCCUGCCGAUGUCGACCCAUCAGAGCCUCGUUUGCGUCCCCCACGACAGAUGGCUCCUCGCAAGGAACGAGAGUUUUUUAUCAAAUGGAAGUACAUGUCAUAUUGGCAUUGUGAAUGGGUCAAUGAAAUGGUCCUCGACGUUUGGUACCCGCAAACUCUUCGAAUGUACUGGAGAAAAGCUGAUCCAGAAGUUCCACCGGAAAUCGAUGAUGGAUCUACGGAAGAUAUGACCACAGGGAGAAUCGACAACAAAGAAAAGGAAAGCGAUCCGCAUAAUAUGGAAGAAAAGUUCUAUCGCUAUGGAAUCAAACCGGAAUGGAUGCAAGUACAUCGCAUCAUCAAUCAUCAAGAAUACAGCAAGACGCAGUUUGACUAUUUGGUCAAAUGGAGGGAGCUCGUUUAUGAACAAGCGACAUGGGAACGAGAUGAUAUGGAUAUUGCGGGAUAUGAAGACGCCAUUAUCAAAUACUGGGCUCAUCGUGAGAAAAUGAAUGGCGACACUCCACCAAAACUCAUUCGCAAGAUUCUUGCUCAACGACGAGAGGAAAAGGGACUCGCUCCUGUAGAAGAAGAAGGAACCGAAAAGAAAAAGGAUAAGAAAAAGAAGGAUAAACCGUUGGUGGACAUCCGUAAGAAAUACGAUGCACAGCCCGAUUUCGUCACUGAGACUGGAGGAACUUUGCAUCCGUAUCAGAUGGAAGGACUGAAUUGGUUGCGACAUAGUUGGUCAAAUGGCACGGAUACAAUUCUUGCCGAUGAGAUGGGUCUUGGAAAAACAGUUCAAAGCUCAACAUUCCUUUAUACACUGAUGAAGGAAGGUCAUUCAAAGGGACCAUUCUUGAUUGCGGCACCACUUUCUACAAUCAUCAAUUGGGAGCGAGAAAUGGAAUUUUGGUGUCCCGACUUUUACGUCGUCACCUAUGUUGGAGACAAAGAUUCUCGAAUGGUCAUUCGCGAACACGAAUUCUCAUUUAUGGAAGGGGCUGUGAGGACUGGAGUGAAGGCUAGUCGAAUCAAAACAGAGCAGGGAAUCAAAUUCCAUGUGCUUCUCACAUCAUAUGAAUUGAUCAACAUCGAUAAGGCCAUUCUUUCGUCUAUUGAAUGGGGAGCAUUGGUGGUCGACGAGGCACACCGUCUAAAGAACAACCAGUCCACUUUCUUCAAAACGCUACGAGAAUUCAGGAUUGGCUAUCGUCUUUUGCUUACCGGAACACCACUACAAAACAAUUUGGAGGAACUGUUUCAUCUUCUCAACUUUUUGUCUGCUGAUCGCUUCUAUGAUUUGGAAUCAUUUACUCAAGAAAGUUGCAUGCUCUUCUCCGGACCCCACAUGCUUCGACGACUCAAAGCUGAUGUACUUGCGGGAAUGCCUAGCAAAAGUGAACUUAUUGUUCGAGUCGAACUUGCUUCCAUGCAAAAGAAAUACUACAAAGCUAUUCUUACACGGAACUUCGAAGCGCUUUCCGUAAAGAGUGGCGGAUCUCAGAUAAAGUUGAAAGAUGGCGGUCAUCGCGUCUUGAUCUUUUCACAGAUGACUCGGAUGUUGGAUGUUCUAGAAGAUUUUUGCGAGAAUGAAGUGUACAAAUAUGAACGAAUCGAUGGCUCUAUCACAGGACAACAACGACAAGAUGCUAUCGAUCGAUUCAAUGCUCCUGGUGCUCUCCAAUUUGUUUUCCUUCUUUCAACACGUGCUGGAGGUCUUGGAAUUAAUUUGGCCACCGCGGACACUGUUAUCAUUUAUGAUUCGGACUGGAAUCCGCAUAAUGAUAUCCAGGAUCGUCUUGUACCGCUGGGCCUUCAAGGU